AGCAGACUGAUCACAGAGAGGGAGACCAGGACCCAGUCAGUCCCUCUGCUAACCUUGAAGUCAGGGAGUGUGUAGAAGAGCAGCUGAAAAUGCAUCAAAUCUCUGAGCCAAAACACCAGCAGAGCCUCAGGGGGAGGACGACAGAAGGACGUCACUUCGUGCAGGAGUGUGAGGACAUUUCCACGAUGGACAAAAAUAAUGUGAAGGUCUGUGAUCAGCAGGAGGUCCAGAGGAGGGCUUCCCUCAGCCCGCAGCGUCCCGGCGGGAAGUUAACCUCUGACCUCCUGAGGCGCUCCUCUGCCCCAUCUACGGUCUUUAAAGACGAAGGAACGCAGCUGGAAACCAUCCAGGCUCUGACCUCUCAGCCUGAGUAUCGCACAGAGUCUGGGACUUUACGAGAGUCCUGCUCCGGUUCAUGUAGUCCUCAGACACCACGGAUCCAGGCGCAGGCCAAGGUCUUUUCCCGGGCCCGCAGCCAAGAACAAACACCUCUCGUGCCCCGACCUGAAACUCCACCUUUCCAAGAAAAACAGAUUGCCGAAACCAGAGAAAGAGGAGAGAAAACGAGCCAAUUACGAGAGAGAAAUUCCAGAGAGGAAUCCCAUUUGGAAGAAAAAGAGAUUAGAGAUAACACAAGUGAAACAUGCAGAAUUAAUCAAUCACUCUGUGAGCCGACGCCCUCUGUUAGCAUGUCAGUCAGGGAGAGAAGGGCGGGGCACGGAGAAGUGGAAAACAUGAGUACAACUGCAGGAAGAAUAGCUGGUGAAGAUAAGGUGAAAGGCCAGUUUAAAGUCACAGCACCUCGUAGAGAAACGAGCUCAUGUGGUGCCACCUCAGACCAUCUAUGGGAACAAUCACAUGCCUGGAUACCCAAGUACCCCAGCUCUGCAUAUGAAUCAACCACGAUGCAACAUUUCAACAUUUCCCCAGCUUUGAGGGACAACAGAGCGUCCCCUCGGGCCUGGGGAAAUCAGGAAGUUAUUGUUAGUUUUAAGAGCGUAAACGGCCACAUGGAGAGAGUCUCAAGCUCCGACAUGGAAACUCUAUCCACAGGCUGCGAUGAAACAAAAACACAUUUCCAUCUCUGCCAGUGCAGCACGGGCUCAAACUGGGUCAGAGGUCAGAAACAAGCUACAACAACAGCAGCAGCAGCAGCGGCGUUUUGUUUCCGCGCGCCAAGCAACACAAGUCAAGUCCCGACACCUCCGAAAGGCAGCACAUUUCCCAUGCAUUCCACCACGAGGAGCUCUACUGGUGCUGCUGGUGGCAGGGAGGAUGGAGAUAACCCAACCUCCCAGUGUCACCACUUUCCCAAGCUCCCGUCCCCUCCUCCCAACGAUUCUCAUUCAAACCUUUCUCAGGAUGGUUGUGCGAGCGAGGCUGAGGACAGAUGGAUGUUCUGUGGGAUCCAGAAGCAGGACCAGAGUCUUGGAUCUGGAGUCGGCCCCCAGCAGUCCUCCGUCACCAGCUCCAGCACAAAUGAUCAGACUCAGGGGGAUUCUGGUGGUCAUUUUGGUGGUGAGAAAAGGUUGACGACACAUUCUGUGAAACCAGAAAGGAAACCUGAUGGAACAAAAAUGGCUAAAACAUCGAGCGGAUUUCUCAGAGACGCAGCAGAUCAGAAGGACGAGCUGCAGAGCGGCUGCAGCGGAGAUAACAUAAUCUCUGACAGAGACGAGAGUCGUGGCAUGAGAAAACAACUGCACGAACCGGAAACCAGAGCAGUCCAGGCCCUCAGGCAGCAGAUGGAGGCUCUUCAGCAGCAGUUCAGGCACAGAGAGAGAGACUGGUCUGAAGUUCGUCACCAGCUGGAGCAGCUGAUCAGAGAAAACUCUGAGCUGAGGAAGAAACUCACAGUUGUACCACAGUGCCACCCAGUGGCCGCACACAGUACUGCACCAACACACGCUGCACUACAGGAGGGACAGACAGAGUCUUUUCCUGCUGAGACGGAGCAGCUUCUGUCUGACGGCUGCAGCUCGCUGACUCUCACUGACCAGAAGAGCAAAGCAACGUCUGCAGACCAGAAGACAAAAACUGUCACAUUCUCCAACGGAGACGUCAAACACAUUUUGGAAGAUGGGAAAGUGGUGUAUUACUACGCCGGCUCACAGACAACACACACCACCCACCCCAGCGGUCUGGAGGUCCUUCACUUCCUAAACAAGCAGAUCGAGAAGCGACUCCCCGGGGGAAGGAGAGAGAUCCUAUUUCCAGACCACACCAUCAAGUAUGUGGAGGCUGACGGCAGCCAGAGGACCAUCUUCCCUGACGGCACCAUCGUUCACCUCUCACCGUCCGGUGAGAAGAUGAUCGAUUUCCCCAACGGUCAGAGAGAGAUCCACACCUCCCAGUACAAGAGGAGGGAGUAUCCUGAUGGGACGGUUAAAACCAUCUUCCCCAGCGGACGACAGGAAACCAAGUACGCAUCAGGCAGAGUACGCACCAAGGACAGGGUCAAAUUCAACAUCUGACAUCGUGAGACGGAGAGUGUUGAGUGUGUUUGGGGAUUUAGUGCUGGAAGGAAAUACUUUUAGUAGAUCAGAGAUGUUCUCACAUUGU